AUGCAUGUGAGUGGUGCUAAAGAGGAGGCGAUUAUUAAGCGAAUUGGACUAGAUGGGGUGUUUAUUGAAAAGGUGAGGGGCCAUGUAGGAGGUAUUUGGUGCCUGCGGAACCCCUCCUUGUGGAAGGUCCAGGUUCUUGACAAUUCUCAUUAUCAUGUUCAUAUGAGAGUUAAUUGGCAAAAUACUGGUGAAUGGUUACUUAUUGUUGUUUACUACAGCCCUCAUUAUCAGCAUCGUCAAGAGUUAUGGGAUGUCCUUAGGGAGUUAUCUUUGGACAUUGACUGUGCUUGGGCGAUUCUUGGUGAUUUUAAUUCUAUCAUUCAUCCCCAUGAAAGGAAAGGUGGUUCUGCUAAUCCUUCUAAUAGAGGUAUAUUGGGGUUUAGCAAUAUGAUCAACAAUUGUGACUUGAUCGAUGCUAUUUUUCAAGGUUAUCCUUUAACUUGGAAGCGUGGCAGUUUGGAACAACGGCUAGAUAUGCUUUUAAUUAAUAUUCAAUGGCGAAUGAAGUUUACAGAGGCGACUGUUUUUCAUCUACCUCCUUUUAAAUCUGAUCAUCGACCGUUAUUGGUUCGUUUGGAUUCAAAGGAGUCUUCAGAUAAACACAACAGGCCGUUCAAAUUUCUUGCUUCUUGGAUUACUCACGAAGAUUUUCAUAGGUUUGUGCGCCACCAUUGGAACCCCAUGUUAAACUGGAACAGUCAAAUUCUUUCCCUUCAGAAGGAGCUUCAAAGAUGGAAUAAAGAGGUAUUUGGUAAUAUCUUUUAUAAGAAGCGUCGCGUUCUUAGAAAAAUGGAGAAGAUAAAUCUUAAUCUUAGCCUUGUUGAGGGGAGACUGUAUGAGGAACAACUUCUAAAAACUUGGAAACAAUAUGAGUUAGUCAUCUACCAAGAGGAAAUUAUGAUGUUUCAAAAAGCCAGGUCCAAGUGGCUUAGUUUGGGCGAUAGAAACUCGCGUUUCUUUCAUGAUACGACCAUCAUCAAAAGAAGAAGGAGUAAAGUGGAAAUGAUUCAAACAAAAGAGGGGGAUUGGGUAACUGAUCCUGGUAAUUUAUAG